AUGUCUCUCCAUUACAAGAAAGUCAUCUACCCUACUCUAGACCCAGGCCAGAAUCUCCCAACUUUCAGGGCAAGCGAUCUGCAGAUUGUUGAAGCUAUCGCACCCACAGUUUCCGUCGUCUUGUUCGAGCAGCAGAAGUUCGCAUACAAAAAAAUCGAUCGCCCUAUCUAUGAACCUAGUGAUACGGAUCAUAUCUUGGACGAGAUCGAGGCUCUUGCAAAGUUCCAGGGGCAGUCGAAUAUCGCACAAUUGGUCGGUCUAGUAAUAUCAGAAAACCAUUAUAAGACCAACUCAUCAUCCGACACACCAGAAGUGAUUACAGGGUUUCUCCUUGAAUACUAUUCCGGGGGCUCGCUCGAAGAGAUCUCUGUGGAGACAAAGAUCAGAAAUGGCUCUCUUCUGAUCCAAUGGGCUCUACAGAUUGGAAGCGCGCUGGAAUCAAUGCAUGAGAGUGGUCGAACCCACCUUGAUAUCAAGCCCUCAAAUAUUCUUCUAGAUGCUCGGGGAAACGCUAUCCUCAUAGAUAUCAGCGGGACCGGCGGCUAUGAUUGGGAAUGGCUUUCACCUGAGAUGCAAGGGCUCCUCCAAAGAAAUGGCGAAUUAGCCCCUGUCAGUGCUCCGUGGAAGGCACGAAUUGAUACAGACCAAUGGGCUUAUGGUAGAUUACUCGCUACAAUUGCCGAAAAAAGUGGUGAUCGUGAUGCACGUGUAAAGCUGCAAUCAAUUGCUGGUGAUUUGAUGAGAACUGCCCCUGAAGCUCGUAUUUCGUUAUGCGACGCUCUUGCAAAGCUACAAUAA